AUGUCCAGACACUCGUCAACAACCUGUAACCAUGAUACACUUACUCUUGACCCAUCCCCUCAUGCAGCAGAAGUAGGGUAUAAAUUCCGAACCCUACAAACACGCACAAAGGCUGCUGCCUUGCCCUCUACUAUUGCAAGAGUCAACAAGAAGAAUACUCAAGGCCACCAAGAUCCAUCACCCUCAUCAUUCCCGGCCCCCCUAGUUCUACCUAAUGAUGAGUUGGCCUAUGACCCAAAAUGCCCUGGGCAAGGCGUGGCCUCGUGGAUGAAACUUGACUCGCGAAAUCCAAUAACCAAAGAGAGAGGCGUCAUUUACGUUGCUGCUCCCCCCAAGGUCGAUGAAGAAGUUGCAUUUGUCAAGGGCUGGAUUUAUCCUACGUCGAGUACUAGCAGGAAGUCAACCAUUGGAAAGAAACCGAGCAGGAUAAAGAAAACCGGUGGCCCCAAGGUUAACGAUGAUGAUUCUAUCCAAAAGUUAACUUCUUCACCUAUAAAACGACCUGCUAUGGGCGAUAUCCUGGAUUACCUGUCUGCAUUUUAUCAUGGGAUACCUGUGAAGCCGCUUCCAACGACGCUUACGUUCACCUCCUGGGAAGAUGGUGAACCUGACCAUACCCUCAACAACGAUAGAAAGUCCAGUGAGAAGCCCAAGACGGUGAGGGCCCCCAAAAUGCAAUAUAUUGCUUUGACUACGGAUACAGAGUCGGUCAGGAUUUCAUGUCGGACGUGUCCAGAUAAAACCUUCCCCGGUCAAAUCAAUCUGAAUGACCUGCUAGAUGCCGCAGAAGGCAUGCUGCCAUCGGAUGCGUAUGCAUUAUUGCUCGUCAUGGAUCAUGACCUAUUUGAAGACGACGAUGAUGAUUUUGCUUGUGGUCGGGCAUAUGGCGGUAGUCGCAUUUCUGUGGUAUCAACAGCGAGAUAUAAUCCUAUUCUAGAUGGGAAAUUAGGAGUGGGUAGAAGCCACUCAUGGCCAGCCUCGCAUUGCAAAAAGUACGUCACUGAUAUAUGCAAUUUGGCAAAAGGCGAUGGAACGCCUGUGAAGAAGCGGAAGGGAGAUGAUAAGAUGGAGUCUCAGGGCUCCGUUGCAAUGGAGUCGCCAAUGCAUCGGGCUAUAUCCGUUAUUUCAAGCCUGGCCCCUUUACCUACGAUAGGAGAUGCAGGGUAUGCCGCACGGCAAGCCAUGAACUAG